AUGGCCUCUUCAGACUUGCUCAAACAAAUACAGGCAGGCAAGAGACUCAAGAAGGCAGAAACGAAUGAUCGCAGUGCUCCUGCGAUUGAUACUAAACCCAGUGGAGGCGGUGGUGGUGGUGGAGGCAGGAGCAUAGGAGGGGGGGCAGGUGGAGCCCCGUUACCAGGUCACGGUGCAGGCCCUCCUCAGCUAGGUGGCCUCUUCGCCGGGGGGAUGCCUAAGCUCAAGCCCGCUGGACAGAGCGGCCUUGCAAAAGCUCCCAAUCUUGGCAAACCGCCCUCCGUACCGAAGCGAGAUGCGCCUUCAGCUACCCCCAGCGCUCCACCUCCUCCAACUCGAGGCCCUCCUAAGCUAGCUUCGUUGUCACAUGUUGCGCCUACUCCCCCAGCCAGAGCAGCCCCAUUGUUACCCUCGCGGAGCUCACCGGCCCAUCCAACUGCGCCUGCUGUGCCAUCGCGAUUGCAACCUCCGGGUCGUACAGCCUCGCCCCCCGUCCCUCCAGCGCGCGCCCCACCACCACCGGCUCGGACACCAUCGCCGGCAGUAUCAGCGCCUACACCUCCUGCACGACCUGUUCCUCCUGCUCGGAGUGCAUCACCUGCAGUAUCAGCACCACCCGUGGCUGUUAGAGCAAUCCCACCAGCACCACCAGCUAGAGGCAGCUCUCCCGCGCCGACUCCCCCGCCUCGAAAACCCCCUGUAGCUUCGUCACAUACAGGAAAGGUAGCUCCACCUCCACCGGCGCGACCGUCAUCGAUCGCUGCUGGCGGAUCGCCUACGCGCAGUGUACCCCCUGCUCCCGCACGAAAACCACCCAUCGGUGGAGGAGCACCUGCACAUCCUGCUCGCGUUCGCGCCUUGUCGGAAGUCGAACAGGCACCUUCAGCGCCUUCACCUCCUUCGCGAACGCCGGCUCCACCUCCGUCAGCCCUGCCGCGCCGUCCGCCCAGUCAGAGGUCACAGAUUGUCCCAGAGAAUACGGCGACAGAGAGCCCGGCCUCUAAUGGCCGGACGAACGGCAUCGUGAAGCCUCCGGCGCCGACGCGCAAGAUUCCGUCGCCUCCUCCGCAAUCAGGUACGCACACGUUUCCCACAAGUGACUUUCCUCCUCCCCGCAAGUUUACACCGGAGGUGAAGCGGUAUGGGGGCGGGCGGCAGCGUGGCAGCGAUUAUGACCUUUCGCAACUCUAG